AUGCAGUUCAAGAACCUUCUCAUUGCCUUCGUCCUGACCAUCGGUGCCGCGGCCAACAACGCCAGUGACAUUGCUCCCACUGUCCAGCGCCGCAUCUCCCAGCUUGACCUCGGUUUCAAGCAGACCGAUGUCCUUCUGAGCCAGCUGACGCACAACACUGGCGAUGCCACUGCCAACGACAUCGUUGUCGCCUACAAGGAGGUCGUUGCCCGCGAGGCCACCGACAUGAUGAUGCCUCAGCCCUGGAAGCCGCUGGAGGACUCCCAGCAAAUGGUUAUCUGCCAGUCCUUCCACUCGCUUGCCCUGACCGGCAUCGAGCUGAACUACAACUUCGUCAACAGCGUCAACUACUUCAACCAGACUCAGCGCCACGAUCUGCAGCACUGCCUGAACAAGGUCACUGAGGAGACUGGUGACUUCGUAAAGGGCGUUGCCAAGACCGCCACCCCGUACUGCCUGGACAUCAUCCAGGACGACAACAAGGCGAUCUACAAGUCCAUCCACGACGCUCGCCAGGCCCUGGCUGCUCUCUAA